AUGGUAUCUCCGAGUCAGCAACGAGAAAAGCGCCGCAAGGCAGACAACGAGGAAGCCUUGGACGUGGGUCCUGCGGCUCCCAAGGUCGAACCCGAACCGUCCUCUGAGUCUCACCUACACACCCCGGGAGCCGCUCUCCUCCCCGAGUCAGGACAACCACGGAAGAGGACGUGGUCCGGAUCAUUCAAAACUACUGAUCUACAUGCCAAAUCUGGCACAGAUUUCUCCACGACCCCUUCAAACCUCCCUAAACCGCAUCCAGCACAGACGGAAGGAUCUUCCUCUCAAUCCUCUUCACCUUCGACUCCUCCUACAGUCCCUGGCAUGGGACAAUUCAAGUUCGGCAAGAUCAAUCCAGCCUUCCAAGCGGAGCUGGACAAUAACAGACCUCGAGAAAUUGAUGAGACUGUCAAGGAGACGUCGUCUUCUCGAAGCACGUUUGGUCACAUACGAUCCUUGCCAGACGAACUUAACGACAGAUUCGGACCGAAGAAGGGCGAGAAGUGGGGUGAUGACUUUGAUCCCGCGGAACAUGCAGAGGACAGCCACACUCACAUUACAUCUUCUCCUACUUCCGUCAGUGUCUACACCACUUCUCAGGUUCAAUCUCAAGGGACGGGUGCCGCCUUCUCGGCAACCUCUCCUCGUGCAGACCCUCCUGCUCCUGAAGAGGCUCCGGUAACUCCUUCAGCGGACUCCACUCCAACCGCCAAAGUCGAAGAGACAAUCGCUCCCGUCGCUUCACCCCCAGAGGUAGAGGAGGGCCACCAAGAGGAGCAAGUCAGCACAGCCUUGGUCAAGUACUCUCCCCCGGUCAAGAAGACUCCUGCCAGCUCUUCUCCCGGCGGUGCUGACGUCCCGCUUGCCUCGACCUCUGUGAGCGCACCCCAGGUUGGCCUGGCAUCGGCCUCUCGAGGCGCUGCAACUCCCUCCAGCGGCUCAGCACCUCCUGCCAAGAAGAAGUCGUUGUUCGGUGGAGUUGCUCUUUUGCGCUGGCCCCAGGAGUCGGGUAAAUCAACGACAAUGCCCGUCGAAUUUGUCCCUGGGUACCACAACAAUCGCGCUUUCUAUGCGUCACAGAUUGCGGUAGUCUACCAGAAGGCCAUCCCAUACUACGAACAGCGCCACCAGUCGAGCAAAGGUUUCGUUGCGGCCUACCAGGAGGCUAGGACGGCCGAGCUCCAGCGCCAUCCAAAUGAUAGCCCCUGGGAGCAACAAUACGCAAUAGAGACCAGACUAUGGGCAAAAUAUGUCGGACCACCUCAUGGCACAUUCGAUUCUUUCACUUGCCCAGAUCCGAAGCCAUAUCUCCAAGGCUAUCAACCUGGAAAGUGUGAUGUCUGCGCUCGCCCAGGCCACUGGUGGUGGGAAUGCAAAGAAAACUGUAGGACCUGCGACGUUCCCGGUCAUCAGUUCCCCACCUGCGUUCAAGGGCUGUGGUGGAUAGAGAAAAAGCGCGAAAUCAUGGAAGCUAAAUCUCGAUCCAAAUCUCAACCUCAACCGCAGCCUCAACCGCAACCUCAACCGCAACCUCAACUGCAGCUUCGACCUCGGCCUCAGAAGGCUGAACAGCACCAUGUUGAAGAGGAACUUGAGGGGUACAUCGAAGAGGUAGAUUAG